AUGAAGUUGACAGCUGCUACAAUUGCUGCCGCCCUGGCCAUUGGCGCCUUGGCCCAACCACGCUUCACCAACACCGUCAUCAACCCCUCGGAGGGCAAGCCGUUCACACUCACCUUUGAUGGCUGUACCGGCGGCUGCACCAUCACUCUCCAGACCGGCCCCAACUCCCUGGCCCUCGCGGAUAUCCGCACUUUGACCUCCGAUGCUACCGAAUCCUUCGACGUCACUCUUGACAACCUUCCGAGUGGCACCUACAAUUUCAAGAUUACCAACAACAGUGACGGCUCCGAACCCAACUAUAGCACCCCCUUCACCUACCAAGGAACUGGACCUACCUCUUCCGACUCCUCUAGCAGUUCGUUGCCUACUUCUAGUGCCUCCAGCGGCUCUUCUACGGAUUCGAUUUCGACCAGCUCCUCUAGCGAAUCGUCCAACACCUCGUCCGCUACGAGCUCGAGCGACUCUUCCUCUAGCACCGAUUCGACUACCUCGACAGGCUCUUCUUCUACUGGCUCUUCCACCUCCACACAAUCGUCUCGUCCAAGCAGCACCACCUCCUCUCAGCCUAGCGCCACGUCACCACCCAGUGCUGGUUCCGUUGCGGGCUUCUCUCCUCUCGGCCUCGUCGGUGCCGCCGCUGCCGCCCUUUUCCUGUAA